AUCAAUUAAAUAUAUUAGGCUAAGUAAUGCUAACGCUAAUUCAGUUAGUAGGCUAGCCGAGUUUGGCUAAUGUUAAUUAAACAAACUUAGCAAACUUAAAUUAACUAACCUUAGUUUGGUAUUUAACCUGUUGUAAUAUACUAAAGCUAGUAACGUUAACGUUAUAGUAUUUUUUAGUUAAUUAGUGGCUAAUAACCAAUGAAAGUUAGCUUAACAUUAAUUAAAAUCAAAAUGUAUCCCAGUUAACCUAGCUUAGUUCUAAAUUGAAAGUAACGUUAAGUUACUGUCAACAUGUUUACGAAGUUAACAACAAUCUGGUAAAGCUUUAACGUUAACUUUUGUUUAUUCUUCAGUCUCAAGGCAGACAAUUCAACAUGAGUCGGAGAUCAUCUACUGUCAGAAGUCAAUCACUUGUGGAUUAUUCAUAUUUUUAAUGCAGCAGAAACAGACCUGAACAAACUCCAGCAGCAGUAUAGCAGGGCAGAGGCAUCCAUGCGGGCAUAUACAGAGAAAACCCAAGGCCUCAUCAUCAGGGACAGGCGAGAGAUUCAGAGGCUCCUGGAUGAACGUGAAGACCUUUUACGCAGUCUCAGAGUGUCUCAGAGUAGUUUGAACCGUUGGGCUGAUGCUAGUGUUGUUCAAGACCUCACUGCCACGUUGGCCUGUGGAGUUGGAAUAGAUGAGGAACUGGAAGCAGAAAAAGCCAAAGUGGCAUCUUUGAAAGAUGAGGUGAAGAUUAUCAAAUGGGAGAGAAAGUUGGCAGGACAGAUAGCUGGUGGGGGAACUACACGUCGUAGUAUGAAAUCUGAAAAAAGCAACUUACUUAAAACCACAUGCUUAAUAGAAAACAAACUGUACAGGGGUCGCAAAUGCUUCAGUAAGCUGAUGACCAGGAAUGGAGAGUUGAGGGAGGAGCUGAAGACAAUGCAGGUGGAGAAGAAACAAUUCUUCCAUGUUCAGUCUCGGCUAGAUAAGGAGCUGCAUGCAAUUCGCAAGGAUAUUUGUAACCUGAUGACUAAAUGCACGGAAGCCUUCAAUGCCAGUGUGAAAAUCCAGGAAAAACAGAGGAUGCUGAUGGACCAGAAUGCUAAGGAUGUGACUCAGUACAUCAAAGAAAAGAGCAACCUGGAAUUAGAAAUCGCCCAUUACAGCAACUUUGAGGCUUUCCUAAACAUAAAGGCUAUUGCACGUGAAAACCAAGACAUCGGCCACAGACAAGUGGAGAAACAGCAAUUGGAGUCUAAGGAAUUGGGACUUGAAGAUUUUGAGGAUGCUAUCAAAAAAAUCCUCAGCGAGACAGAGGAAAGUGACCUUGACAAGCUGGUCAGGAACUUCAUACAAAUGGAGGAGCAGAACUACACUUUACUGAAAUUUGUCAACUAUCAGCACAAUGAAGCAGAGGCCAUUGGAAGGCAGAUCUCUCAGCUUUGCGAUGAGAGAGAGAUCUUUGUGGCUGAGGAGCAGCAGCAGCAGGAGCAGCAUCACGCAUUCCUGAUGAGAGUUUCCAUCAAGCAAGAGGCUACCGAGCAACAGCUGGCAGUUUAUCAACAACGUGUUGAGUUCAUGGAAAAGCUCCUAUAUCAGCUCGGAGACGGUCUUAAGACAUUGCUUCAUAUCAGCUGUGGUAGCUCAGUGAUCUCCGGCCAAUUGGGUUCCUCUGGUGGAGUCCAGGAAGAAAACAUCAAAGAGAACAUGACAAUGGUGGAGGACAGAGUCAAUGAGCUUCUCACUCUGCAGUCCUAUCUUCAUUUCCAGGACAACCUUAGCCAGUGGGACAUUGACAGUCUUAGUACCAUUGCUGAGCAGCUCCUGGGAAUAAGCCCCCCAGCUGUCAACCUGACCACUGCUGCUGCGACCCCUGCGCCCGAUGAUGACCCAGACUUGGUGGAGUCAGUGCUGCUGGAGGCAAAGGAGCCAGUGAGUAGAGCAGAUCUCUUGACACUGGUCAAUAAGAGGAUUCAGAGGAAAAAGAAGAGACUUACCUGAUGAGCCGGUGCUGCUCGGUAGAGCUGCCAUGAGGUCCUGCAUACUGAGCCACUGGAAACAAGUCUGUGCUGACCUUUUACAUGUUCCAAGAGCUAUUUUAUAGUAUGCUUUUUUUAGCGAAUGUUUAGAUAGACACAAUAUGGUGUAAAGCAUUGCUGCAUCAGUUAUUCAACAGGAAGUAACCUGCUUAAAUUAAAUAUUUACUUUAAGGAAGUAUGAAAUCUAUGGGCAUACGUAUGCAUAAUGUGUAUUUAUGUGCAGUAGUUCACAGUCAGUGAUACUUGUGAAUUCAAUAAAUGUAUUUUAAUUAA